GUCCAAUUGUUGCCAGCAACAAUUGCCAGCUUCACGGAGCAAACGUACAACUACGCACCGGAUGCUGGCACGGUGCGUUAUUUUUAGGUGAGAUGGCCAGAUUACUACUCAAGUAAAUUGUAACACUCGUCCUAGGGUACUGUGAGGGGCGAAAUGAAAAGACGUGUGGUAUUGGGUUUCAGUGCAGCUCGGCUACCUCAGGUUCCUGGAUGCCUGGGCCCUGCCAAUGGCAAAGACAGCACUCUUAAGGUGGUUCCAGGGGCUAUGCAUGCACGUCGUGGCCUCUCUCAAAGGGUCAGUUACAGAGUGGAACAGACUUGUAAUAGAGGUGGCAGGCUGAAAGACCAGAAGAAAAGACAGCUGGUACAAAAACUGUUCUACCUGUGGAUUCGGAAAACUUUUGGCCGAGUUCAUCCGUCUCAAGCUAGGACACAUUACCAACAAAGAGUUCUAUGGAAGGCAUUUGAGGUAUGGAGGGAAGAGUGGUGGGUAACCAGGAAGGAGUGGAGACUUUGCAUGAGAGCGGAAUGUCACUAUAGGUAUCGGCUGUAUAACUGGGUUUUCGUCAACUGGCAGCAGUUUGUGACUAUGCAACAAGGGCGUAAGGAGAGGCUUCAGACGGCAGCCAUCUACGCUGAAAAGCGUUGCCAGUUCUUCGCUUGGGGAAGAUGGGUGGUAUAUCUGGAGAUGCAAAGGAUUAAACGCAACAUGCAUGAGGCUGCUCAGAAGCACUGGGAGAAUACUGCCUUAAGGUCAGCAUGGAUGCUGUGGACUGGUUGCCUGCAGCUCAAGAAAAGGAAGCUUGUCUUGGAAGAGUGUGCUUUACAGCACUGGGCACUGUCACUGCAGAGUAGGACUUGGCUGCAAUGGAGAGAAGUGUACCUGCUUGCCUGCAGUCUAAGAAAGGAGGAGACCAGAGCCUCUCUGCACCACAGUCAUGGGCUCCAGAGAAGGGUUCUGUUCACGUGGACCAGCUACCUGCACUAUCGCCAAGUGAAGAAGGAGCAAAAAGUUUCAAGCAAACACGCAAGGCAUUCCAUGGUCUUGAGGAGGUGUUGGAGUACAUGGCAAGAAGAGUUCUUGCACAGACAGAAUGAGAGGGCUACGUGGCAGACUGUAUCUGCUUUGGCACAGCAACGUGUUCAGCUCCGGGCACUGCAUCGCUGGAAAGGCUAUACAAAUCAAUGUUUGGAGGAGACAAAGAUAAACCAAUUUGCUCGUGAGCACUACAGGCGCCGCCUGAUGCGCAUGGGACUGAGACUCCUGACCCUGAAUAUAUCUCAGCGGAAGGCUCGUCAAAUUAACAAGAAUGUUGCACUCCAGCAGUACCAACACAGUGUGAUUGGCAAGUAUUGGCAUCGCUGGCAGGAAAGUUACGAGGAAAUUGAGGAAAGGAACCAUCAACAACAAGGGGAUAUGGCACUCAUGCACUACAGCAUGACUCUGCUGAAUAACACCCUGCAUUGCUGGAGAAAAUGCUUCUCUGAACAUCGAAUUAGGAAGAAGAUGGAGCUCAGGGCAGACCGCUAUUAUGCAAGAUGGGCCCUGCCCCAAUUCUUUAACUCCUGGAAAGACUAUGUUGCACAGAAAAAGAAAACCCGAGAGAGGAUUGGGACAGCAGAGGCCCAUAUUCGGCAGCGGACAUGUACCUGGGCAUUCUACACCUGGUUGACUCAGUCUGAAGAACAGAGGGACAAACGGUUGGCAGAGAGGAUGGCGGUGUUACAUGCAGACCAAUCUGCUUUGCUCCGGGUCUUUGUCCACUGGCGUUCCAGAGCAGACUGGGAGAGGGAGGAGCGGGAGAAAAGCAAUGCUUCAGCAAGGCUGUACCUGAACACUCUGCUUCACAAAACCCUGUGUCUAUGGAGAGACAACAUUGCCCUAAUUCAAUCAGGAAGAGAAAAUGAGCAGCAGGCAGUGAGACAUGACCAUCUACUCUGUGUUCAAAAGGCCCUGACACGCUGGAGAAAGUAUGUCCAACACAAGAGGGAGAAGAAGAGAAAACUAGAGGAACUAGAUCACUACCGCCACUGCAAGCUGUUGGCACGCGCACUACAUGGCUGGAAGGAGUACCACCACAGGGCACAACAGGCUAACCGCAUUGCAGAGGAGCGUCAGAGACUGCACCAUCAAAAUCUUUUGAGGAAAGCAUUGUACACAUGGAAGGAGAAUAUCACCCUGUUGGUGAGAGACAAGGCCUCCCAGAGCAGAGCCUCUAAACAAUACCAACACAUUCUUCUCUCCAAGGUGCUGCUGAUGUGGAGAGAGGCCACAGUUUAUGCGAUUUACUCUCGCCAUCAACAGGAAGAGGAAGUGAAGGUAGCACGGACUUACCUGCAGGGAGUGUGGUUGCAACAGGCGUAUCAGCGUUGGAAGAAACGAGGCCAGGAGGUUCGGCAGGAGAGACUGCGCAUGGAGAAGGCCAGGAAAAAUCACCAAACUGCUCUCCUCCACAGAUGCAUUGGGGCUUGGGUUCUGUACUACCACCAACACCAGCACAGGAAGGUAAUGCAAGGGCAGGCCAACUGCUUACUGCUGCGCAGGACCUGUCUGCACUACUUCACCUUUUGGAAAAGACAGCUGCAGCUUAGAUAUGAGGAAGCUGAGCUUACAGAUGUGGCUCUCUGGCACUGGUCAUUCAAACUUCUGGCCAAGGUAAUGGAGGCUUGGAGGUGUUGGAUGGCAGAGCGACACCGGAAGCAAGACCGGCUGGUACAUUCAGCUCAGUUUCACCAAGAUCAGUUACUGAGGGAAGGUGUGAUGCGUAUCCUUUCCCACACUGCAGACAUGCGCAGCUUCCGUAUCAACCUGGCACUGCAGAGCCAAGAACAGAGUGCCCGGCAACUGCAGAAUGUGGUGUGGCGUUGUGCUAUGCUGUGGAAGCAGCGAGUCCUGGGUGAGCCAGGUGGGUGCAGGGGCAAGACUUGCAAGAGUGUAUCCUUCUGUCUGCCACCGCCCAUCUCUACACCAGGGAGCACCAGCAAAAAUUACACAGUGGGAUUAUCUGUGUGCACGUCCAGGCUGCAGCCACGACGGUCUGACCACCUUUUGAACUCCCUGGACAAAGCAUCGCCUCGUAAAUCUACGCAUAACCGUACCCAGGUUUUGUCGUCCCCACCUAGCCCUGCAAAUCCCAUUCAAACAAUGGGCUGGCCUACCCCUCUGGCCCCAGAAUUAUUCUGCUCACCUGCUAUUGCACAAGAACCACUGACUGGCCACAAGGACCACUCUACAAACCAGGAAGUGCUGUUACCUCCCUCCUCCUUCAUGACAUCUGGAGUUUCUAGGCAACACAGCACCUCAACAUUAAUGGCCCAGCCUGGGCCAAGCCACUCAGACAUGUUGCUGUCCACUAAGAAGUUCACUAUGUGCCAGGCAGCUGCUCCCACAGGUUGUGUUUCUGAGAAAGGUAAACAGACUGAGUGCGAGCUGGUAGACCAACAGCCCUACUGUCACGCCAGCACUGCUGUUGCCAAAGAGCUACUCGGCAUCCAAUGGAAAAUGCAUAAUUUUCAGCGUGAGAAAAGGCAGCUGCGGGCCUGGCGUAGACUUGCAGACGUGUUGAGAAGCUGGUUACAGACCAGCACGAGUGAGGAUGAGACUGAGUGCCACUCAACUCGCCUGGAGCUAGAGGAGCUGGAGGCCCGGAUGAGUAGGUUGGCCACCUGGCUGGAGGAGGAGAAGCCAGUGAUGCAAUGCUAUGCUGCCAGGAUUCACAGCAUUUCUAGCUGCCUUUUGGAGAACUAGCUUUGAAAAGAUGCAGCCUGGAGUAAGUUAUUUUCUCCUGUGCUGCCAGUGUGCAUGUUGGAAGGCAAAAUUACAGUUGUCAAGAUGAGCAUGAGCUAGAGUAAUACAUCUCCCAGCAUAAUGUUCUGGUCUAUUUUUUGUAAUUUUACAAGAUUGAGGGAUUUGCAGUGUUUGUGGCACAGAAAUUUAGUUUAUACUGGUUUAUAUAAAGUCAUUCAUAUGUACAGUGUUUUUUGUAAUAUUUCACUGGGGCCAAAUAAAAUAUUCAAAAAACCUGUAGCUGUGAGAGUGGUGAAAAUGUGGUUCUUGUCUCCAAGUGUCAGUCAGAAAUACUAAUUGUAUUGUAAGAAAUGCAACAAAGUCCAAUAGUUUUUCAAUGAGUUGAGAAAUGGUAGCUCCAAAUAGCAACCAAAUGGCAUUCAUAUGGAGAUUGAAUGCAAUGAUAGAACCUGCUCAAUGUACAAUUGAACUAUACAUGUUAUUUGAUUUUUACUUUAAUAGUAGUUCUGUUACAUAAAUAAAAUAAAUGCUGCGGCAAAAACAA